AUGGACAGGCAGGACAGGCCCUCACCGGGCAUAUCUCGUCUCCCAACAGCGUCAAGAACUCCGCUCGGUCGAUCGACACUGGCAAGGACGCCCCUCAGCUCUACACUCGGCAAGCGCGCGGCUGGCGAAGCUGGAUUGGAAGAUGCCUCAUUGACGAGAAGAGCUUUGCAUUCAUCACAGGCGCGUACCUCUACUCUUGAGCGUAGGGUUGCCGAGCUCGAGCGCGAGGUGGCCGCCCGUGACGGAGAUGUCGAGACACUGCAGCACCAGGUCGACGAGCUCACCAACACUCGCCAUGUCCUCCUCGCCGAUGAGGAGAGGGAAAAGGAGAGGGCCAAGCACAACGAGGAAGCAUGGAGGUCGGAGCGAAACGAACUCUUGAGGAAGCUCAAGGACACACGAGGCAUGUUUGAACAGCAGCGCUCUGUUCUCACCGACCUGAAGGGACAGUACACCUCCCUCGCCUCUCAGUACCGCACCAUCAAGGAUGAAUCCAAGCGCGAGGUCGCCCUCCUCGAGAGCCGGUUGACCGAGGUUGAGAGCGAGCGCGACAGUCUCAAAGGCUGGCACCGUCGUGCACAGGCGCUUGCGAUUGAGCUCGAGGAACAGAAGCGCAAGGCCGAGGAAGGCGCACAAGAGAGGGACGACGAGGCUGCCGAGCGCAAGCGGGACUCUGUGGUUCGCGCCGAGCUGCAACGUCAAUCCCAGAAUCUCGUUACCCUGCAAACUACCAACGAGGUACUACAAUCCGAGCUCUUUGAGCUCCGCAAGUGGAAGCAGGAGGCGGAUGCCAAGAACCGAGUGGCCAAGGACAAUGAGCGCAUGCUGAAGGACGAGAUCAAAGAGCUCAACGUCGAGCUGCGACGCGCGCGUGAUGAGGUCGACUCUCUUACCCAGACAUUCCCUGCCGGCGGCACUACCGAGGAUGCUGCCACACUGCAGUCGCGCCUGCAAGCCCUUUCCACACUACACGAUGAGACUACCUCGGAACUGUCCACCGCCAAUCGUGCAAACGACGAGCUGCAUGCCCGCAUCACAAAAGUCUCAAAGGAGAGCGCAAGUGCCAUGGUCGAGCUUAAGCGCCGCCUUGAAGAGGCCGAGCGCGAGCUGCGUUGGGCCAAGGAGGGAAGGAAGAGUGCCGAGUCGCGCGAAAGGCUCGUCAGGCAAGAACUCGAUGCCACGCGUUCCACUGGCGGCGGCAGCAGCGGUGGCGGUGACGCUGCACACGUCCAAAGGCUCGAGUCGCUUCUCGAGACAUACCGUGCCGAGAUUGAAGGCCUUUCUCGCGACUCACGCGACGUCGAAGACCGAGUUACUCGCGGAGCAGGUCUCGUCAAGGCGGACGAACUGGCUGCGGCACAGGAGCGGACUCGGGCACUCGAGCAGGAGCUCGUCAUGCACCAGGGUACAAUCGACGCCCUCACAGCCGCCAAUAACUCGCUGGAUGCCGAGGUGUCCGAGCUCAUGCAGCGCCUGGCGUCUGGCGAGUUUAACCCCGAGCGCGAGCGUUGUCUGGAGCUGCGCGGUAACCCCGCUGCCAAGAUCCACGCAGUGCGCACGGCACAGCUCGACGAGCUGAGAGAGGAGAACCAGGCACUCUUAGCACGUCUCGCGGAUCUUGACCGCGAGGUGCCCGACGCCUCGGCAGCCGGACGCGGCCUCGUCCCUCGCGAGAGCUACGACAAGGUGGCCAAGGAGAAGGAGGAGCUGGAAAUUGCCCACGAGAAGCGUCUGCGGCGGCUCAAGGAGAUCUUUGGUGCCAAGUCGCGCGAAUUCCUCGAGGCCGUCUACUCACUUCUCGGCUGGCGUAUCCGCUUCGACGAGAAUGGCGCGGAUAUCCGUCUCACGAGCAUGUACGCUCCCAAGGGCAAGAUGGGCCUCACGCUCAAGUUUACCUCGAGCGAGGGCCAUUUCGGUACCAUGCACAUGAGCGGCGGCAUGGCGCGCUCGCUUGAGGAGGCACGCGAUUUCUGGGUAUCGGAACGCCAGAGUAUCCCUGGAUUCCUGGCACAGGUGACAAGCGAGCUGUUUGAGAAGACGACAAUGGGACGUGCGGCGGGAUAUGUGGGCCUCGACUGA